CACUGAAACGAAAACAAACUUUUAUUGUUUUGAUUUACCUUACAUGGUAAAGUUAUAAUGUUAUUUUUUGUUGUUACUGAAAACAAUUGGGGAUAACACCUCAGUAUUAUAAAAUACAAUUUAACAGCACCAUAGACUGCAGCCUCUAAAAUUACACUACUCAAUUCAACACCUCUCCAAAAACGGUUUUAACCACAACUUGAAAACCUUUAUGAAUAUGGGCUUUAUAUUGUAUUAGGCUUAAUUUGACCUAGGUGUAGCCUGUUCGGGAAUUUUUGGCUUAGGUAGUUAAACUUUGAGACAGCUCAUCAUUUUCUCCUUCUCUCUGCGUUCCCAAGUCAUACGUCUUUUAGCAUUUGGGUGUUGUAAUCUCCGUUAAGGAGGGGCAGCUUGGGUGCAUUGUUGAUUCCAGUCUAUGACUGAGCAGAAGCUGCCAUGAGAUAGUUAUUGUUCAGGGACGUCUAGAAGCUCUUCUUUUCUGGAAAACGCACGGGGAAACAUGGCUUUCUCAACAGCUGAACAAGUUGCAGUAACAGGGACCUCUGGUCUGGGCUCAUCAGCGGGUAACAACUCGUUAUUCCUAGACUCUGAGUUUCGUUACAUCCUGUUCCCAGUUGCAUAUGGCAUCAUCUUCAUCCUGGGCCUCGUUGCCAACCUCUACGUGCUGUUUGUCUUGCGCUGCCUUCGCCAAGCCAAGGCCAUGGGUGAAAUCCGCAUAUACAUGACAAACCUGACCAUCGCUGAUCUCCUUUUCAUCUGUGCACUUCCCUUUUGGAUUGGGUAUUACAGUCGGUAUGGUCACUGGGUUUAUGCAGAAUUCAUGUGCCGGCUGACUGGCUCGUUGUUCUUCAUCAAUACCUACAGCUCCAUCCUCUUCCUCGGGGCCAUCAGCGUCAACCGAUACUGGGCAGUGACCCGGCCUCUGGAUGCUGCCUCAUCGGACCACAGACGACGUGGGAUCAUCGUGUGUGUUGUCAUCUGGGCAUUGACCAUUGCGAUGGCCAUUCCCUACAUGGCCUUUCCAGGGACAAACAAGGAUGAGAACAAUAUCACUCGAUGUUUCGAGGGGUACCAGAACCAAACAGAUUCAGAGAAGAAAAUAGUGGCAGUCACUCAUUUUGCAAUAAUUGGAAUGUUUUUUGUUGUAUUUUUUCUGAUUGUGGUGUGUAAUCUUCUUAUUGCUCGAGCAUUACUUUCUCAAGGUCCUCCACAAUCAGAAUUGCGAUCAACGAUUAUAUCGAGGAAGUCCACCAUGACCAUGUCUGCCUCAACUAAAAGGCCUAGAGUGAAACGUACAGCUCUGCAGAUGUUGUUAGCAGUUGUUGGAGUGUUUGUUCUCAGCUUCCUGCCCCAUCAUGUAGUUCAAGGAUUCUGGACACUUGCAGUGUUGCAGAUUUCUAAGGGCUGGGGACACGUAGACUGGGACCAGAAAACUCUUCAGAUGCUCAAUGACGCCCAUCAGAUCACUUUGCUUCUUAUGGGCCUCAACUGCAUUUUGGAUCCUGUAAUAUAUUAUUUUGCUACAAGAAAGUUCAGAAGGUUCAUCAUGGCCCACAUGAAGAAGUUGGUAAAGGGAGAGGGCUGCUCUGAGACGGUCACCUCACAGGUCUCCAUGGAGAGCAAACAUCAGAGCCAGAGACUAAAUAGUGAGAACCAACAGCCCAAAAUGGAUUGAUUCAAACAUGUUAUAUUUUUCUGAAUAUGUAAAUAAUAUCAAUUUAUUUGUGUGUUAAAUACUUUCACGUUGCCACUGAUUCAAGACUUCAAAACAAACUGUGUUUUGUUGCACCUCCGGAAAUAUGUACAAGUCAUUUUGAUGUUUAUGUUAUUCCGUGUUGGCGGUUUCACACCCUUAGAUGCUUUCUAUUAUUUAUGCAUUUUAACCACACAGGCUGUAAACUGAAUUGCACCAGUUCUUCUUGUGUAAAACAAAAACUAGAAAAGCAGAACAACAUGAACAUAUCAAUUAUGACCCUGAUAAUCUGCGGGGGGACACUUUAUCCCUUAAAUCUGUGAAAUGAACGUAGCACCAGAAAUGUUUCACAUCCUCCAAGAACAAAAUUUUAUUCUGUUCUAAAAUCAGUCAAAAAGUCAAGAAUGAAACCCAUUUACUCAACGGAUAGACGUCAUUGGUUGAAUCCCUGCACCCUGCAGUCAACAUGUUGAAAUGCAAUUGAGCAACUUCCUGUCACCAAGUUGACAGUGUGUGUAAAGGUUUUUACUCUUGAUAAGCAGGUGACCGUAUUUAUGGUAGCCUCCGCUACAAGUGUGUGAAUGUCUAUCAUGAAAUCUGUGAAUUAUUUGGUCAUGUUGUUGUGAUGAACACCCAGUUCACACUUCCUUUCCAUUUUCUUUAACUGUUCAUAGACAGUUGAAAUCAUUGAUUGUGAAAUAAGUGAGCAAAAUGAAUGCCUGAGCUACAUUUCCCCUUUGGAAUUCAAUUUUGUAACAUAAUAAUAAUCCCAUGAUUCAUUGUGAAAAGAAGCCCAACGCCUAUUGUUUUUCACUGAUCUGUUGUUAUGUGUAUUAUAUUUUACUUUGUAUGAAGUCUAUGCUAACCUGCUGUUGCUAAACAAAUUUAUAAAGCAUUUUUUUCCCCCAGUGAAACAGCUUUGAUUACCUAGUAUACUCUAAAGUGUGUGCAAUGCUAUUUUGAUCUUCCAAAAGGAAAAUAUGCAGUUUUUUACUCAAUAAAGAACAUUUUAUUUUUGUAACAUAUUUUCUUUAUCACGAUGGAUUAAAGAAAAUUAAAAACUCAA